AUGUUUGUGUUCAGGUGCCUCCUUGCACUGAUUGCAUUUGCUUCUAUCACCAAUGCGUUCUACUAUUUCGAGCCAGACUAUCGGUGUGCCCUAGAUAAAGCUUGUAGUGACGCAAAACGUUCUGCGGAAGCUGAUGCUAAUGCGGCUCCACCUGGCUUGACUAUGCGAGUCGUCCAGCGUCCAUCUCAGAAUAAUCAACCUGCUGAAGGCAAUGUCCAUAAACUAGCAAACAAACUGGCGAGAAAGUACCAGGGCACGGCCACGACUCAGUUGAAAGACAGAUCGAGCUUAUAUAACGUUGUGUCUGCUCUUCCCCCAACUCAAUCCAACAGCGCUGGGGUAGCUCAGGAUGGCACCGACUUUUCAUACUUCGUGGAGGUUUUGCUUGGCUCCGCUAGUACUCCUGUCUAUCUCCUGAUCGAUACUGGGGCGGGCACUACUUGGGUCAUGGGCCCCGACUGCACUUCCGAUAUUUGCAAGACGCAUAAUUCCUUCGGGCCCUCGGACUCGAAGACUUUCAAGGACCUAGGCGAGCCUUUAAAGAUCGAUUAUGCCAAAGGCAGUGUUUCCGGGACCACGGCGCAAGACACAGCUUCCUUUGCUGGAAUGAAGAUACCCAUCACAAUCGGAAUUGCCACGACUACAAGCGAUGACUUUGCCCACUUCCCGAUUGAUGGAAUCCUAGGCCUCUCCUUGUCAAAGUCUGGAUCGUCCAAUACACCGCACGUGUGGGAGUCGAUCGUCGCAGCGAAAGCCCUGAAAGCCAAUGUUUUCGGCCUCAGCAUCAAUCGAAACGCCGAUGGUCCUAAUGAUGGUGAAAUCAAUUUCGGUACACUAGAUACCUCGAGAUAUACAGGCACCUUGAAUUACUAUCCCGUCUUAGACAACAAGAUGGGAAAUUGGGCACUUACCGUUGGAGGUGUCGGCGUUGGAGACACUAAGGCCGGAAUCCCAAGCAGAAUCGCGUACCUUGACACAGGCACAACCUACAUGUUUGGACCCAAGGACGAUGUUAAGAAGCUGCAUGCGUUGGUUAAAGGCGCAAGUUCUGCCGAUGGAUCAACCUGGACGGUCCCCUGCGACACGACUGAUCCGGCCACAAUUACCUUCGGAUCGAACACUUACUCCAUUUCCCCCAAGGAUUGGGUAUCUCCAAAGGUUAAUGGGGCCUGCACCAGCAAUAUUUAUGGGAUUGGCGUCCUGGAUGACGAGUCUUGGCUCCUGGGCGAUACCUUCUUGAAGAACGUGUAUGCAGUCUUUGAUUAUGAUCAGAGCCGCAUCGGUCUUGCAGCUAGAAAAGCACCGGCUCCUAUUUCUUCCUCGACGUCGUCAUCGGCAUCUUCCACUGGUGCGUUAUCAUCCUCAACGGAUCCAACGGCUUCAGUCACAACUCUGGUUACUGGAUCCUCUACUGGAACUACAAAAUCUAACGGGAGUCCCACAGGAUCAUCUGGCUCUGCCCAGUCUACUACACUUGCCUCUGCCCCAACCACUGGUCCAAACCCUGGUUUACACGGCAAGGAAUCCCCCGCCACCGGGAAAUCUGCCGUAGAGCAGACCGCUUCUGCUCCCUCCCCUACAUCAACAAAAUCCGCCGCCGGGCAGCCCGCCAUCGGCUUCUCUACUACUCUCCUCGCAGCCGGCACAUUUAUCGCGCUGCUUCUCAUCUAA